GAAAACAAUGCUUUUGCUGUCAUUAAUAUAAAAAAAAUUGCACUUGCAUAACAUAACACAGAAAACCACAAGAUACAGAUAAAGAGCACGCGAUAUGUCGCGUUGAGCGAUCUAUACGUUGUAUCACUGCAACGCACAGGGAAAGACUGCCCUUACACAGACUUCUGGAACUACCUAAACCCUAAGUGACAAAUAUGACAGAAGAAAGUUUGAUACUGGACUAUGUACUACAUUAAAAGUAUUGGCAUUACUACAUAACUACACAUUUAAAAAAUUCGCAUAGAAUAGAAUUGAAAUUUUUAAUUACGUUAUAUUUCAUUUUUAUAUAUUAAUCCUACAAAUAUAAUAUAAUAAACAUACCACAUAAAUGUAGCCGGUACAAAUUUAAUUCAAUCUAUUUCAUAAACAUAAUUUUACAAACUAUAUAUUUUAUAUUUUAUAGAAUUCCUGGGUUUUAUAUUCAUCGAAUAAACAAAUUUCUUUGACAACGUCACCUUUUAGUAAUAAUUGUAAUUAUUCAUAGAUUAUUUGCAAAUUUUUUUUACUUGUGAAUUUUGACACGUAUCCAUGAAAGGAACGUAGUAUAUACUGAGAGAGUUGCAAAAACGCAGGCAUCACCUGCUUCUUUUUUAUUUUCUCGUAUCGUGGAAAAAGUUAUGAAUAAUUACAAAUGAAUACAUACUUGCAACAGCCAAACUGUAAUGAUAGAUUCAACUUACUUCGACAUAAAGUUGAAAAUGACACUGUACUACAUAUUCAUGAAUAAUUGAUAUCAUAAUGCGCAUUCUGACUGCAUGAAGGGGACGUGCGCUGAGAAAGACGACGGAAUAGCUCCCAACGUAAGAACAGGUGGUUCAGUUAUGGGAAAAAAGGCCUCUAUGGAUAACCAACAAGGUAAUGUUACAUAUUGGUUAAAAAAUAUUUGUAAAAUGUAACAGUAGUUGUAGAAAAUUUUCUUUUGUCAUCUUAGUUGUUAAAAAUAAAUGAUUAUGUAAGUGAAAAUAAUACAAAAAGAGCAAAGACGAAGGAAAUUAUAUUUGUAAGUAAUAUACAUACAUCGCAAACAGAAAAAGAAAUAUUGUAUAUUAAAUUUAGCGGUCGAAAACUAUUUUUUAGUGAACAAUGAUUGAGAUUUAAAAUUCCAAAAAAAUGGGGACUAUAUUUUUGAAGAAUAUUAACGUUAGAAAAAGAUGUUAUAUAUAUAUAAUAUUUAUAUUAUUGGCAUGCAGAAUUAUUUAUUAAGCGUCUAUUUAUGAUAGAUAAAAACAUAGAUUUAAACUAUGUGUACGGUUGGAACUAUCACAUGCUAAAGUUUAUGGGUAUCUGGCCGGAAGAGAGAAAAUGGAACCGGCCUUCCAGUUAUCACGUUCUGUUACCGUGUAUCAUGAUGGUGUACUUCGCAUGUGCUCCACAAACAAUUAAUCUUUUGUUAAUCGCGGGUAACUCUAACUUGGUGAUCGAGAAUCUUUCGACUAAUAUUACUACCACGAUUUCACUUAUGAAGGCUAUGGCUGUUUGGAUCAAAGGCAAACCAUUAAAGUUUUUGGUAAGGUGCAUGGCUAAUGACUGGAACAUAACGACGAACAAAGCCGAACGAGAAACAAUGGUGAACAUCCGAAGGAUCACUAGAAAGACUACAAUAAGAAGCACGCUGAUGGCCAACAUUGUCCUUCUCGCUUUUGUGCCCGCACGAUUGUUUAGUAUGAGAUACAGUGACAACAUGCUGUUCUAUCGUGGCUAUUUCCCCUAUAACAUUACCAUCAGUCCAAAUUACGAAUUGACAAUGAUCGGUCAAUUCAUGGCUACUUUUUAUGCGGCCACUACGUACACAGCAGUAGAUACUUUUGUCGUUCUGUUGAUUUUUCAUGUCUGUGGACAGCUUUCCAAUUUGAGAGACGAUUUAGGGAAGAUUCAUUCGUAUGAUAAGAAAGAUGUAGAAAAGAAGUUGCAGAAAAUUAUUCAGAAGCAUGAAUAUAUUAAUAGAUUCGCCAACAAGAUAGAGAAUUCUUUCAACAUGAUGCUCCUCCUUCAAAUGCUGAGUAGCACCAUUCAGAUAUGCUCUCAGUCUUACCAAGUCAUUAUGUCAUUUGGAGAGGAAGAGAUGGAAUACAUGAUUUUGCAACUUUCGUUUCUGCUGAUAUACGUAGUUUAUGUGAUGUUGCAUUUGUUCCUAUAUUGUUACAUGGGCGAAAAGCUAACUUCCGAGAGUACAGAAAUUGCUAACACGGCGUACAAUGCCGAAUGGUACAAUUUACCUCCCAGGAAUGCAAGAUGGCUUCUAAUUAUCAUGUGUCGUGCCAGGGCUUCGCCUUUAAAAAUUACAGCAGGCAGAUUUUGUUCCUUUACUUUAGUGCUAUUCUCUCAGGUCUUAAAAACCUCGAUGGGAUAUGUUUCUGUUCUACACGCAAUGAAAAAUAAAUAA